AUGCCUCCUCACGCUCGUCUUUCUUAUGGAGCUGACAAUUAUCAGCCAAGAGAGUUGGAUAACCACGGUAUCGUGGGUAAUAUGCACACAUCAGCUAUGAUUUCAGUCGAUGGCAGCGUGGAAAUGUUGUGUUGGCCCACAUUUGACUCGCCCUCUGUGUUUGCUCGUAUUCUAGACCCGCGUGCUGGUCAUUUUGUGAUUGCACCCGUUAGUGUCACAAACAGUAAGCAAAUGUAUGAGCCCUCUACAAACGUGCUGCACACCAAGUUCUAUUCCGAGUCGGGUGUCGUACGCUCUCUCGACUUCUUUCACCGGCCGUUCGAAGACUAUGAGCCUUUGUAUCCCUGGCUGAUUCGCCGUGUCACUUGUAUUCGUGGCAACAUGCGAGUAAAGAUGGAAUGCUAUCCAGCAUUCAACUACGCCCGCGAAAACCAUACGACGGAAAUCAUUAAUCCUGAUGGCGGGUGUCCGCGUGUUGAGUUUUCUGCCGAGUCGGGCUCACGAAAAAUGAUUCUCAAUAUGUGUUCCUCCGGCAGUAUUGAGACAAUCACACUCCAACAAAACGUGCCUGCUGAACAUCUCAUCGAUGGUGGAGGUGUUUGGACAUACCUUGACAUGGAAGAGGGCGAUGAGGUCUUCUUCGUUUUUCGGCAGGAAGGCCUUGGUCCAAGAGUCGAUCGCAUUACGAUUCCCUUGCUAAAUAAGCUUGAAGACUCUACCAAGCGCUACUGGCGUAACUGGAUCUUGCAAUGUACAUAUACUGGUCGUUUCGCCGAGUUUGUGCAGCGAAACGCUCUUUUGCUGAAACUGUUGAUUUAUGAGCCCACUGGCGCUGUUGUCGCCAGUCCCACAUUUUCUUUACCUGAAGGCUUCGGCGGCGAGCGGAACUGGGACUACCGGUUUACGUGGAUUCGCGACUCUGCCUUCACUAUUUACUCGCUUACGCAGCUUGGAUUUAAGGAUGAGGCUGUGGAGUACAUGUCCUUUAUCUACCACGUCCUGAAGAAGAAGAAUGCUGAUGGAAGCAUUAACAUUGUUUAUUCCAUCCACGCCAACCUAAUUGGUUUGGAGGAGGUUGAGCUGCCUCAUUUGCGCGGUUACCGUAAUUCAAAGCCUGUACGUGUUGGUAACGGUGCAGUGUCCCAUGUUCAGCUUGACAUUUAUGGAGAGCUUAUGGAUGCCAUCUACAUCUACGACAAAAAAUGCCAGCCCAUUGCGUACGAUUUGUGGUGCGAGGUUCGCCAUAUCUGCGAUUUCGUAUGUGAUCAUUGGAAGCGGAAAGAUAAAAGUAUUUGGGAGGUCCGUGGACCCGACCAAAACUUUGUCUAUUCUAAGGUUAUGCUCUGGGUAGCUUUGGAUCGUGGUCUACGUAUUGCAUACAGUCGAUCGCUUCCUUGCCAAAACCGUAUACGAUGGAUGGAUACUCGUGACGAGAUUUACGACAACAUCAUGUCGAAGGGAUACAAUUUUGAUCGGGGCUUUUUCGCCCAGUCUUACGAGAGUCUGGAUGUCUUGGAUGCUAGCAUCCUUGCUAUGCCUAUUGUCUCCUUCAUUUCGCCCACGGAUCCACGCUUUUUGAGUACUCUUGACAACAUCAUGAAACCAGUUGAGAAACGAGGCCUGAUGAGUAACGGUCUUGUAUUCCGUUAUGACACUAGUCGAUUUUUGGAUGGCGUUGGCGGAGAUGAGGGAGCCUUCCUCAUGGUCUGUUUCUGGCUUGUUGAGGCCCUUGCAAUGGCCGGCUGUCAUGGGUAUCCCAAACUUAUUUCAACGGCCAUGAGCAUAUUUGAAGACUUGACGCGCUACUCUAACCAUCUAAGCUUGUACUCAGAGGAGUGCUCUUUGUCUAGUGAGUCGUUGGGAAACACACCUCAAGCCUUCAGUUCUAUCGCAGCAAUUGCUGCCGCAUGUGUUUUGGACAAGGCACUAACUCUCACCAAUACCGGCGCUACCACGCGUAUUAUAUAG